AUAAAAUCAUUCUAAUAUUAUCCCCUUGUUUUACCAGAAAACAGAGCAGAAAAAGUGAAGAAAAUAGAAACCCAUUGAGGAAAAAUCAAAGUCCAAAAAAGCCAUCAAAUCAUACCCAAAUAAGCUCAAUUCAAUGGCACAACAACAAGAAACCCAAAUCGAAGAAACUGAAUCAAUAAUAUCCUCUGUAUUCUUCAUCAAAAUCAUGAGCAAAAGAAGAACAUGGGUCUUCUUAUUCAUCUCUGUUUACGCAAUUUUGCUGUCGAUUUCUUGGAAUUUUCUCAAAUCAGUACUUUCAUGGUACGAAUCUACUAUUUCAGCUAAUUCCUCAAUUUCUUCUUCUGGGUGGCCUGUUUUGUAUGCAUCUGUGUUAUUAGGUGUAGCUUUUGGGGUUCUUUCAAUGGUGGCAGCUUUAGCUGUAGUGUUACCAGCUACUUUGGUAACUUGGAUUACAAUUUUGGUUUUGUUAACUUUUGCUGGAAAACCCAGAAGGGAUUUGGUGUUAGAAGGCAAGAAAUUGACUCUUGAUAUUACUGGAUUUGUUAUUAAGAUUUUGAUUAAAGAAGGGAAUGUUGUUGCUGCUCUUUGUGCUGUUCUUGCUUAUUUUGUUCUUCUUAUUUCAAGGAAUAAACAACUACAAAAUGGUGUUGAUGAUCAUUGACUCUAUUUUGGGCAAUUAGGAUUUGAUUGAUCAUCCUGUGUUCUAACUAGCUUUCGCGCACCUUGCCCGAGUACUCUAUCUAUCAAGGCUAGAACAGACGAGAAAGUCAUCUAGUGGUUGGGCAAUUAGGAAAUUGUAAUGGUAAUUUCUUUCUAAAUUAGUUUGUUUAUAGUUAGUUUUUUUUUUUUUUUUUGGUAGUUAAGAUUUAGGGAGGAUUAGGGUUUGGAAAGCUCUAUAAGAAGAUGUU